AUGUCCGACUCUGUUCAAUGGGUUACCAUAUUUUUUUUCAAGGAGUUCGUCGACAAGGCGCAAUUACAAGCUUUCGAACGAUUUCGCGGGGCCUUUCAGAAGCAAUGGGGCCAUCUCUUCAGCGAGCACGGCCAAUGGCAUGGGCGAGAAGUUGGCAAGCGCGAGCGGCUGUGGGAGGUUAUUUUCUGGAAGGACAAGCAUAGCGAUGAGCUUUGUCGAUCCGACCCAGUCUUCCAAGCAUUCGAACGCGAAUUCUUCGCAAAGGUCGCCCCCAUCGACCAGAUCUGGGCCGGUCUGCCAGUUCGAGGGACACCCUUACAUCAAGUCCUUGCGGCAGGCGUAGUCCUACUAGGCUAUUACAGCCUUACGCCCGCUCAAAGCCCCUCCGGCUUCGACAAUUUGACGCAGCAGUUUUUGGAUCAGUUGGACUGUCCUGGAUGGCAAGGCAUGGCCUACAUCUCGGCCGCUGAUGCUUACGGAGAAGCUCUUUCGAUGGGUGCAUGGGAUAGCAUAGAGGCUAGCGCGCAACUCGGUGCUGACGGUCGCUUCGUUGAUUUAUUAGCCGAAGCGAACGAUGCAUUCGACGCAAUGAACCGCACCUUCAUGGCUCAUGUGAAGUUUCAGAAACAUGUCAUGUAG